AUGGCUUCCCCCGAAGAAGCAGUCCUCUACAGGCAGCAAGGCCGUGUCGCGAUCAUCACCCUCAACCAGCCCAAGAAACUAAAUGCCAUGAGCCAGCCUUACUACUAUCGCAUCUCCUGCCUGCUCCGGGACAUCGCAGAGAAUCCCGAGAUUAGCGUCACGGUACUCACAGGCACAGGCCGGUUUUUCUCGGCGGGUGCAAACGUCAAUUCUACAAGACCGGGUGUAGGACCAGACCUGGACAAAGACGCAGUACGCAACGAUAUCUUGAAGGGAUUCGUGAGCAACAACUUGGAUAUCACACGCUCGUUCUAUACACACCCGAAGAUCCUGGUCGCAGCGCUGAAUGGGCCUACGGUGGGGCUGUCCGCUGCACUGUUGGGCUUCUGCGACUUCAUUUAUGCCGCCCCGCAUACCUUUCUGUUGACGCCCUUCUCCUCGCUGGGGCUAGUCGCAGAGGGCGGUGCGAGCGUUGGGCUCGUGCAGCGCAUGGGUCUGGCCAAGGCCAACGAAGCACUCAUCAUGUCCCGCAAGAUCCCAUGUGACGAGCUCGUGGCAUGCGGCUUCGUGAACAAGGUCUUCUCUGGCAAAGAUCAAAAUGACUCCGACGGAUUCCUGAAACAGGUGUUGGCGGAAAUCGAUGACAAACUGGGCGACCACCUGAACCAGGAGUCCAUCAUCAAAAUCAAGGAGUUGAUCAGACGGCCAUUCUUGGAAGGCCUUGAGGCACAAGGAGUCAGGGAGGUGAUGGAGGGUAUGCAGCGGUUUGUCAAGGGAGCGCCGCAGGAAGAAUUUAAGAAGAUUGCCAGUGGACAGAAGAGACACAAAUUGUAG